AUGGCAGCUCCUUCUCAGGCCAUAGUUCCCAUGGAUGCCGAGCUGCUGCAGGCCCAAGCCGACCUUUGGCGCCACAGCCUCUACUACCUCACAUCUAUGGCGCUCAAGUGCGCGGUCGAGCUUCACAUCCCGACCGCCAUACAUGACCUAGGAGGCUCGGCCACGCUGCCGGACCUCGUGACCGCGCUAUCCCUCCCCAAGACCAAGUUUCCAUUCCUCGGCCGCGUGAUGCGGCUGCUGGUCACGUCGGGGAUCUUCGCUUCUGACGGUAGCAGUGGCGAUGGAGUGGAGGCCAUGUAUCGCCUCAACCCACUCUCCUGGCUUCUGGUCGAAGGUGUGGAAUCCGAGGACCACACCUACCAGAAGUACUCAUGCUUGGAACCUGCUCACGGCACUACGUUGAGGCUGGGUUGUCUCUGGCUGACUGGUUCAGGAAGGAUCUGCGUGAGCCAUUGCCAUCGCUGUUCGAGGAUUUACAUGGUGUGCCCCUCGUCCAUGAGAGACAAAGCUCCUCGACGAAGAGCUUGA